CGAAAAUGGCGCUAACCCGGUGAAAACGCCGCUAACCCAAGUUCGUAUCCGGUAUACGAAUGCGUUCCAAGCGUCCCCCUCGACGUACGGAUAUUGCAGACAUCGACAUCGGCGUUAAAGGUGAAGUCGACGUCGAACGCACCAAAAUUUCCCCCUCGGGGUCAGCACAAUCAAUUGGCAAGUAAGUUUGGGACGUCAGGUAUAAAGGCCGCACGUUUCCCUCCCUCCCUCUUUUGCCAUUCUCGAUCCCAAAAAGAAAACUUACCCCAAAGUGAACUUUAAAAAAAGACGCCUCUCGGAAUCCCCCCCCCAAAAAUCAAGGCAUAUUCCCGUUUUUUCUUUCUCCCAUUGUCCUCUGGGUCCUUUGUGAUCAUCUGUUCCGGUCCCUGCGCGAGAAAAUGGUGACCAAGUUCCUCGACAAACUUCGCGACAAGCGUGUCCUCAUCAUCGGAGGCACCAGCGGCAUCGGUUACGGCCUGGCCGAAGGGUGCGUCGAGUUCGGGGCGACGGUGAUCCUGGCGUCACGUUCCCGGUCCAAGGUCGACGAGGCCGUGGCCAGACUCCGGGGUGCGUACCCGGAGCGCGCCGGCGAGGUGAGCGGCCACACCGUCAACCUGGACGGGGGUCGACCCGAGAUCGAGGAGGAACUCACGGAGCUGUUCGAGUUCGCGACCGACCACCACGCGCGCAAGCUCGACCACGUGGUCGAGACGGCCGGCGACCUCGCGCUCAUGGGCAAGGUCACCAUGGACAACGUCACGCCGGACCUGCUGGGCCAGCUGGCCGGCGUGAGGCUCUUCGGCGUCACGAUGCUCGCCAAGGUGGCGGCCCGGUACCUCGCCCCCGCGCCCGGCAGCAGCUUCACCAUGACCUCGGGCGUGCUGGUCUUCCGCCCCCGCAAGGGCAUGGGCGCCAUGGUCGGGGUGGGCGCGGGCAAGGAGGGCCUCACCCGGGGCCUGGCGGUCGACAUGGCCCCCGCGAGGGUCAACACCGUCAGCCCGGGGGCCAGCGAGACGGACCUGCUGUUCGCGCAGGUGCCGCCCGAGGCCGGGGAGGAGGGCAGGGACCGAGUCAGGGAGAUGUACGGCAAGAUGAGCCUCGUCGGGAAGACGGGCCAGGUGGGGGACAUCGCCGAGGCGUACCUGGCCCUCAUGAGGAGUGGCUUCCAGACCGGCACCAUAGUUCACGUCGAGGGCGGGUUUUUGUUGAUGUAGUGUCCGAGGCUUGCCUUUGAAAAAGGAUCCUUGCCUUGGUUUUUUUGUUUUUAUAAAAACCAAAAAAAAAGUACCAUUCU